CUUGGCUAAACAAGCCUUGAACUUUGUUCCAAAGUUUGCUCGAGGCUAUGCCGCCCCAGCUUCUAAAAGUGUCAAGAUUCCUUUGACUCUUUAUGGUAUUGAAGGUCGUUAUUCUACGGCAUUAUUUUCUGCUGCCUUUAAGCAACAUAAUCUUGAAAAGGUUGAAACUGAACUUAAGAAAGUUAAAACAGUAAUUGAAAAAGAUCUAAAUAUUCGUAGUUUUCUUGAAGAUCCUUCAUUAAGUCGUCAAAAAAAGAAAGAUGGUGUAAAACAAUUAUUAAAAGAUGGAAAUUAUUCAGACACUACAAAGAAUUUUUUCAAAGUUUUAGCUGAAAAUGGUCGACUUACUCAAACUUUAAAAAUUAUUGAUGCGUAUGAAUCAUUAAUGACAGCUAAUCGUAACGAAAUUCCUGUUACGAUAAUCUCUGCUAAGGUUAACCCAUCAAUCCUUGGCGGUUUGGUGAUUGAAUUCGGAAGUGAUAAGACUAUUGAUUUGUCGGUCUCUUCUAAGAUUGCUAAACUUAAUAAAUUAUUAACAGAUGUUAUUUAA